AUGUCAUUUGGAUUCUCUGUAGGUGACUUCAUUGCUGCUUUGGAGGUGAUCAGUACAGUCAUCAACGCAUUACGAGAAUCCGGAGAAUCCGGUCCUCAGUAUCGAGAGCUCGUCAGCCAGCUCUACAGCCUCGAGACAGCUUUACUCCAGGUGAAGCAGAUGGAGCUCGAAGAAGAACAGCGAUCUGAGUAUAUUGCUCUCCGUCAGUCAGCAGCACAAUGUCAGCGAACGGUAGACGCUUUCUGGACGAAGGUUCGGUCAUAUCAAAAACACUUACGAACGGACGGUUCGACGUCAAGAUUGAAAGAUGGCUGGAUGAGAAUCAAAUGGGCAAUGUGCCAGCAGGAGGAUCUUGCCAGAUUUAAAGCCGAUUUGGCAGCUCAUACACAGUCUAUCACUAUCAUCACCACAGCUUUGCAAACGAACAAUCUCAGGAAUCAGGAUCGCAGACGCAUUGCGGAACAUAAAGCAAUAAGCAGUUUUAUUCAAGAUGCUACAUUUCGUUGUAUGGCAAAGCUGGUAAAGAUGACUGCUGUCAUUGGCCAAGGCGUUGCACUAGGACAAGAAAUCAUUCAGAAUACCGCCAGGAUCAUGGCUACUAAUAUCAGAAUUUUUCAAAUCGUAUUAUCGAUUCAGAAUAUCAUCACUCGAAUACCAAGGCAGAUUGAGCGUCAGCAACCUGUCUAUAUGAUCGACGCUCUCGGAAGACACGCUCCCUUUUACCUGGAGUUUAUUCGAUCUAGGGAGGCCCUCCAAGCUGUGCUGAAAAUCAAUUUCGAGAACAUACCGUCUGGGCCAAGAAAGAUCGAUAAUGGUGAAUAUAUCCUCUUGGAUGCCACAAAUAAGCGCCCAAUUAACCUCUCAACACAUUGGGAUGCUUGCUUAAUGCCUGGUCAACGCGUUGAGAUGCGUAUGAUUUUCCAAAGGCAGACCAAGCAGCUCAACUCUUGUCCAAGUUGUAACUACACAUCUGGACAACAUACAGACGAAGACGUCGAAUGUACUAACUGUGGACUAACAUUUAAACGAGUCAUUCAGAUUGAAGAGCCACCCACAGAUCCACGCGCUGAGCCUAAGAAGAGAGGUGUUAGAGACCUUCUGGAAUUAUCAGCAGCUCUAUCUCAUGCUCGCAAAGUAUCGGAGAGGCUGUCGCCUCCACGGCCACCGAUGACAGUGUACGACGAAACAGAAGAUGUCAAGUAUUAUCGCCGUGUGAAUGUUGUGCAGCGACAGAGACGAGCUGUGUGGGAAUUGGGAAAAGAAUUUGACUCAAGAACAGACCAACAAAUCCAUCAAGCCCAGGAAAAUGAGGAUAAAAUGGUAUUGGACAGAAUUGCUACAGAAGAUUCGAGUGACGCUGGCGAUAUAGAAAUCCUGGAAAUUUUCGGUGACUCUGUCGAUGCAGCAACCUUUGAAUCUUUUAUGGAAAUGGACGACGACGAUGAACGCGAAUUCUCUAAAAGCAUAAUGAUAAAUGGAUUGGAGCAGAUCGAGUAUGCAAUAAGGAAGAUACAGGAAGCCUUGUGA